AUGUGUAUCCUUUCCAGAUCAGCCGGUAGGUCGCAAGUCACAAUUUAUGUCAAUAUCGUGAAUUCAACUUUGUGUAGAGCGAACAACAAUGCUAGCUUAGCUGGAUUUGCCAAACGCAGCACAGCAGCCAUCAGUCCGCCGGCACUAUGGGAUAUUGAUGUGUUUGCAGACGCUCUACAAAUUGUGCAACCUGCUUGGCAAUGUAAAGCUGUGUGUGGACAGGAAAGAGUGCUUCAUACGCCAGACUUGACUCUGGUGCUCUCUUUUCCGGUAUCGACUGGCGAAAAUUGUCACCUCGACUGUCUUGAACCUACCCAGACUACGUUUUGGCCGAAGAGAUUCUCUCAUAAACGAUUUGAGACAUUACUUGCUGUAGUCUCCUUCACAAUAGUUUUGUUCUUCUCUCGAAAGUGUCUUACAGAAAGCACUCUCAACAUCACUGUCGCUGUCAUCACGUACAUGUGUCUACUAUUAUGUAUGGCCUUAUUUAUAUCCGGAAGACUUCACAUUUUAUACCAGCGCGCGCAGCUUGCAUACGGAGUCAUCAAUACAACGGUUUCAACAAGUCUCAUAGGAGUCAUCACAACAUCACUAUUUCACCGAUUCUCUAGCUUAGGGUUGAAAUCACCUAUUUGGCUUAAAAUGGCAAGCUGCAUUCUCUCGGCCUUCAACGUCUUAGAGCAUGGGCCGUUUACCACUUAUACUGCACUUCUACUGAUCACCCAUAUUUUCGACCUUGACUUGCAAUACCUCUUUUCCCAGUGCUCUGCAUUCUCUUAUACCUGA